AUCUGUUGUCGCGUAAACAACGGUUAAUUCCAAAAUCGAAAUUAAAAAAAAAAUUCAAAAUAUUUUUAAAUAAAUACAAAUAUCCUAUUGACUGUAGGAAGAAAUUUGUUUAUGAUUUAUUUUUAUGGAAAUAUACUUAACUCUUGUUUUUUUAAAUGUAAUAAUUUUUUUGAAUCUCAAAAGAAAGUGAAGGUGUUCGUUCAAUGGUUAUUUGAGAGAAAAAUAAAUGGCAUUGAAAAAUAGACCCUUAAGCCAAAAGUAAAAUUUAGUGGUUUAAAUAUUGAUGUUGAAUUUUUGCUAACAAAAAAAAACAUAAACAACAAAAACUAAUAGCCAAUUAUGUAAUUUAAAGUUAACAACAGGCUUAACUAAACAACUGACUGAAUGUUCACCCAGUGAAAAACCGACACACGCUCUCAAACACUCCGUCACUUACAAAAUCACAACAAAUGAUUAAUAGCUUAAAGUUACACCCGAAAAAAUUAUAACGAAAAAAACAACAGUAAACGAAAGAAGAAGAAACAAAUGAAAUAAUAUUUUUUCAACAAAUUGUCUAUAAUUAGAGUAGAAACAAUAAACAAAACGCUAUAAUUUAUAAACCAAAAAAAAAUCACAACUGUUAAUACAAUAAAAACAAAAGUUUCGAAUUAAAAUUUUCAGCUAAGAAACGAAAAAAACGUUAAAUUUGAAUAUGUAUACAAAAAUAAUUGACGUUGUGUUCUGUUUAACAAUAUAGAAAUUGCAAAAAAAAAAUAAUUAUAAUAAAAGUGAAAAUUAUCAACAUCAUAUUUCACUUUCAAUUUUAUUUUUCUUGUGUGUGUUUGCAAAUAUUAUAAAACAGUUAAAGGUGUAAAAUUUUCUUUUAAAAUUAAUGCAAUACUUUCUUAAAAUCAUGUGUGUUUUGUGUGACCCACAAACUGUUCGCUCAUUCUGAAUUAUGUUUAAAGAUGUGUUUCAACUUUUAUUUGUUGUUGUUAUUGGGAAUUCUUGUAUUUGAUCGUAUAACAACAGCAUUAGCAUCGCCUUCGAUUGUAUCGCAGUAUUAUAAAACAAAUCAAUUUGCAACGGACUGUGGCCUACGACCGCCUAGACGAGAACCCAGAUCACAUCCUUCUACAGAAGAUCCUAAUAGUUCCCGUACAGCUAAAAUUAUAGCCGGAACUUAUACCAAAGAAGGGCAAUUUCCUUGGCAGGCGUCACUAGAACUGCUUCACCCCUCGUUGGGUUUCCUGGGGCACUGGUGUGGUGCUGUGCUCAUACAUCAAUAUUGGAUUUUAUCAGCUGCCCAUUGUGUUCACAAUGAUCUCUUUAAUUUACCGGUGCCGCCUUUAUGGACGGUAGUUUUAGGCGAAUACAAUCGUGCUAUCGAAUCGGGCUAUGAACAAAGAAUACCUAUUGAUAAAAUUGUUUUACAUAAAAGCUAUCAAAAUUUUUUACAUGAUUUAGUCCUAAUGAAACUCUCAAUGCCAGCAGAUCUUUCGAAAAAGUCCAAUAUUAGAAGAAUAUGCCUGCCAUUUCUCUUCAACGAGCCCAACAUUGAUGAUGAAGAGGAGGAACUGCAGGCAGAUGUUGAGGAUCCUUUGGCUUGGGGUUUGGCGGAAGUCCCCGAUAAAAUGGAAAAUUUCUUGAGAAGUGUUCAGACAAUGAGACGUUAUCGUAAUGUUACAAUACCUAGUAUGAAGGAGUUAAUGGAUUUGAAAAUUUUAAAUCGUUUGAAGCGACAAGAGAAUGCCUCGCAAGGCAAAGUGGGCAAAAAUUUUAAAUAUUCACGUAGAAGAAAUGAUAAGAUAAUGAAAAUUUUCCAAUAUUCCAAUGAAUAUGAUGGGGUGAGUCAGGAGAAACAUUUUCAUCAUAGAUUUGUGGAUAAUAAUCGUGAUUUACCCUAUAUUGAUUGUGUGGCCACGGGAUGGGGUAAAGCUAAUUUGACAGGUGAUCUAACGGAUUUACUAUUGAAGACUACAGUGCCCUUGCAUAAUAAUAGGAGAUGCAGAGAGGCUUAUGGUAGUUUUGUAAAAAUUCAUCGUGGACAUUUGUGUGCUGGAAAACUUAAUGGCAAAGGUGGCACAUGUGUGGGCGAUUCUGGUGGUCCUUUGCAAUGUCGUCUCACUAAAAAUGGUCCUUGGAUAUUGGCAGGUAUAACUUCAUUUGGUUCUGGCUGUGCUAUAGAAGGUUAUCCAGAUGUUUACACUCGAACAUCUCAUUACAUGAAAUGGAUACAAGAUACAAUAGCUUUUGAAUAGCUUUUAAUAUAAAAAAAACAAUACAAAUUGUUAAACACCUAAAGUACAACCAAGAUUUGUUUAAAUUUUAUUUAUUUUAUUAUUGUAUACUUAUUUAGUUUUAAUAUAA